CGGCGUGUCCUUUAGGUCCACGUGUGUGCACGUGCUCCCUUUUACCGCCAUCCUUUUCCUUGAAACGCACCCACCCACCGCCACCCUUCCGCGGUAUCCCUGCGCCGGGGAAGACAAAGUAGACCCGAGCAGCGCCGAGAAACUCGGCGGCGCCGCCUUCGCCGCCGGCUCUCCCGACCGAAGCGGACGCGAAGGGCGACGACCGGCGAGGAUUAAACGGGGGGUCGCGAGGCGGUGGGCGAUCGGUGGGCGCGAGGGAUGUUUUGGCGCGAUUUUUGUCCGCAGAUGGUCACCGGCGAGCCGCGCCCUUAAAAGCGCUGCGGCCGGGGCGGCCACACCCACUUAGUUCGCGAGUGCGGCGGAGCUUUCGCCGGUUCGCCCCGCAACAUGCUGCCUGCCUCCCACUCCCACUCCCACUCCGCACCACCGCAGCGACUUAUCUAGCGGUCCUCCCCGACCCUCGUGGACUUUUACCUCACCCGGAUACUUUUCUCGCACUUGGCUGAAAUCCCGACUCGAGGUUGCGAGCGCAACUACCGUUUUGAAAAUGUUGCAAAGCUUCGCCCAGUCGCACGACUGGUUCUACUCGGAGCCGCUGCUGUUCGACGACGACUUCUGCCAGAGCUUGAUGAAGGACCUCCAGUCGCUGCCCACCCCGCCGCAGUCUCCCCCCACCAAGGCGGCGGGCGCCGCCGGCGGGGGAGGCGAGCCCCUCUCCAGCGGCGACCAGCUCAGCUUCGUGUCCGACAUCCUCCUGGAGGACCACGACAUGCAGCUCAACUGGAACUGCGCCUUCCUCCACUCGGACGACGACGGCGGAGGCGGGGACGGCGGGGGCGGGCGCCGCCGCCGGCCCUCGGAGGAGGAGAGCGGCGAGGACGGCCUGUGGCGCCGCCUGACGUCGGAAAAGACCCCCGAGGAGAAGCCGGCGUCGUCGGUGCUGGGCUCCAGCCCGCUGCUGUCGGACAUGGACACCGGCAUCUUCGAGGGGCUCGCCGGCUCCACGCUGGACUGCCACGACCUGAUGGAGAGCCGGGAGAGCGCGGAGGCCACUUCCGACUACUGCUCCACCGGAGGAGAGAUGUCCACGUACUCGUCCAGCGACUCCGAGGAAGAGAUCGACGUGGUGACGGUGGGGCGCCGCCCCUCCAGCCCCUCGCCCGACCUCCCGUCUCCCUGGCAGAAGCGCCGAUACGAAGAGGAGGAGGCGGAGGAGCGCCGCGCUCUCCGGCGCCACCACUUGGAGAUCCAGCUGCAACACAACUACGCCGCGCCGCGCCCGGCCUCGCCGCCGCCGCCCCACUCGUACAACAAGCGCCCCCGCGGCGGCCAUUUCGCCGCCUCCUCGCCGCCCGCCCGCCACCAGCCGUCGUCGCGGCACUCCGCCGAGGCGGAGGACGAGGAGGAGCGGCGGCGGACGCACAACGUGAUGGAGCGGCAGCGCCGCAACGAGCUGAAGAACUGCUUCGUGCGCCUCCGGGACAACAUCCCCGAGCUGUCCCGCAACGACAAGGCCUCCAAGGUGGUCAUCCUGAAGAAGGCCACGGACUGCAUCCGCGGGCUGGAGGGCAACGCCCACCGGCUGCAGGUCAAGCGCGACCAACUGCGCGCCAGGCAGGAGGAGCUCAAAGCGCUACUGCAGCGCCUCCGGACGCCGGCACGCUCGUGAGCAAAAAAAAAAAAAAAAGGGAAGGCGAGAGACUUUCUAGUUCGUUUGUUUAUUUUGUACAAAGACGAGCUUUUGCUUUCAGGAAUGAGGACUGUUAUUGUUUUUUAGUUUUUUACCGUACAAAGAUGAGCUUUUUUUGCUUUCAGGAACGAGGACAUGUUGACAAGUAACGCACAAAGGUGGAGAUUUUUGGUCACGAACGUUAAGACUUGACACGUCGCGAUGCCUCGACUGCUGACUGUUGAACACGCGCCGACGAGGUCCGUUCUCGUUGGUGAAACUUGAACGUGCGCACGACUUCCCCCCGCCCCGCAAGUUCGGGACGUCGGGCCCGCGGGCUGCGAUUUCAGGGUAGAAGCGCAAACCCAGAGAGGUCGGACGAGUGGCACAAUUUGGGUUCGUCAUGAAACGACCCCACAAGGCCUGAUAUCCUGAACUUUUUUUUUUGGGGGGGGGGGUUGUAUUCAGGGUGUCUUUAGCCAUAGCAACCAGCAAUCCCUCCGCCGUCAGCCAUUUUGAUGGCCCUCGGUUUUGUUUUGUUUAUUUUGGGGAGGGGGCCGAGUUCCGGGAACUUCUUCCUCAUUUUUCGGCAUUUGAUGCCUCUGAUGCGGGAUGGCGUCAAACUCAUUUUUGUAUUUUAUGAUGUAUACAUGAUUUGACAGAUAUUGAAGUGUACAGUGGACCCCCGGAUGUUUGUCUGCGAGGGGGGGGGGGGUUUAACCUGUAUAAUGUAAUUAGGGGUACCAGGUAGUGUGUACUUUUACAGGUAUUACAUACAAGGUAACAAUGCUUAAAUGCCCCCCCCCCCCACGAAAAUGUCUGUCACCUUUAUUUGGCACUACGCUGCAGUCGUUUACGUCUCAAAUCAUCAAAACAAAGGUCUUUUGUUCAAUCCGCAUCAUUAAAAUUUAAAUUUCAUGUA